AUGACAGACCAACAGGAACCUGAAAUCCACGCAACGGCGGCCGGUCUGUCGCCCGUCUCCCCUUGUCCUGUACAUACUGCCGCUCCCCUUGUCGUUCCAGCACUGCAGGAUACUGUCGAUACCAUCGAGGCCAUGGUUGCCGCAGUCGCAGAAGCGCCGGCCACGGUCGUCGACGCCGUUGCCAACCCCACCAACGAAGCCGCCCAGGACGACUUUGUAGACGACGAUAGCUUUGACGAAGCCUACGCCGAGGACUCUGAGCCUCAGUUGCCAGCGUUAGCUGACCCGGGCGUUCAAGACCCCAACGACGACUAUGCCAAAAUGUUUGACUCACCCGUCGGUUCAGAUCAAGAAGAGGAGGACCAGAAUGCCUCCGUAGACGUAUCAGCCGCGCCAAACUCGGCUGUGAACCAAGCCCAACCCAUGCAAACACAGAAUGACGCAGCAAGCUCCUCUGUUUCCGCCUCUGGCAGCCACAAUUCGCAAAGUACGCCCGAUGCUCCAGCCUCCCAACCUGCCGCCCAGACACAUGCAGGCCAUGAUGCCAAUGUCCAAGCUCUUGAAGCAACCAAAGCUGCUGAAGCUCCUCCAGCAGACAUCCACCAUGAAGCGCAGCCAUUCGCGCAAGACGAGCCUAGCUCCGACCUGAACUCCCAUCCCGAUAACCCGCAUGUUACUGCCAACCCAGCCGCCACCCAUCCCGACAGCAAGUCAACCACAGCCAACGGCGAUGCUAGCCCAACUACUCUGGCCUCCACAUCAUCGCUCCCGCCCCGGCCGCCUAUCCUACAUCCAGCAGCCCAUUUGUAUAGUCAAAUCUCCGUGCAGGGUUCCUUACAGGCGCCUCAAGCUUCGUCCAGUGCCCCUGGGACAUCUAUUGAAGCCGCUGGUAGCCUUCCCCCGCCACCACAAGCUGGCAAUGGUAACUCGGCGCCAAGUUCCGUCCAUACCGCUUCCACCCCAGCAGCCCAAGGCCAUGACGAGUAUCAGCAUCUCUGGGACCAGUUCAUGGCCGACGAGAGACAAUACAUGUCUGAAGCCAAGUGGGACCGCUUCCCUGAAGGCUCACGCCUUUUUAUUGGAAACUUAUCGAGUGACAAAGUCUCAAAGAGAGAUGUGUUUGAAUUAUUUCACAGAUACGGCCGACUAGCUCAAAUUUCUCUAAAAUCAGCGUAUGGGUUUGUCCAAUACCACACCGUCGAGGAGGGCAAUCGGGCGGUACAGAACCUUGAAGGCGUCGAAAUCAAGGGUCGACGUAUUCAUCUCGAAGUGUCAAAGCUUCAAGACAAAUCUAAAAAAGAUCGAAACAAGAGCCCAGACAGAGGCGGCCGUGGCCGAGAGGGCCCACGAAAAGGCGACAAGCAUCACGACAGAGACGACCGUCGCGGUGGUCGCCGUCACUCGCCCCGUCGCCAAGGCUACCAUGGACGCGACGACUCGUACGGCGGCCGUGACAAGUUCUACGACGCUGGCGGCCGUGGACGCGAUCGCUCCAGGUCUCCUGGCUACCCAAGACACGAUAAGGGAGGGUACCGGCGGCGCAGCAACAGUCCGUAUGGCGGACGCUCGCGACAUCAGGAAAAGGAAAUCGACCUGCCUAGAAGAUACGGUGCCGAUGUUCCCGACAUUCAGAUCAUCCUCCAGCAAGAAGUGAACCGCGAUUUCGUCGGCUGGGUCGAGCACGCCUUCAAGGAAAAGGGUCUACGGCCCGAGGUCAUGUUCUUGCAUCCUCGGUUCCCCAAAGACCAGGUCAUUCAGCGCCAGGCAGUCGAGGGCGUCCAUGCCGUCGUGGAGCUCGACAUGCGCGCCCAGAGUCUCGGUAAGAUCCCCGUGCAGGUAUUUGAUCGCUCCGGCGGCUCCAACAAUGUGCGUUUCGACCUGUACGUGGAUCUAGACCCCGCCACGGCCGGCGAGGUUAUCCUCCGCGCCAAGGCGGCCGGUUCUGCCGCUGUUACAUACACCCAGCAACCAUACGGCGGUUACCAGCAGCCGUACCAGCCUCCUCCGCAACAGCAUCCUCCACGGGGUGGGCCUUACGGCAACCCUCCUCCUAACCAUGCUCCUCCUCACGCUGCGUACGGCCAGCCCGUUGCCGCCACUCCUGUCCCCAACAUGGCCGACAUUGCCAAGCUCGUGGGCCAAGUCGACAACGCCACCCUCCAACGACUCCUCUCUUCCAUGGCCGCGCCCGUGCCCAACGCUAUGCCGGCCGCUGCAGCACCUCCAGCGGGCAACGCACACGUCGAUAUCCACGCCCUGCUCGGUGCUCUGGGCGGCAACCCCACAGCGCAGGCUCAUCCUGCAGUACCAGCCGCUCCCCACUACGGCGGCCCAUACGGCGCUGGCCAGGGUCCCCCUCCGGGUCCUCCGCCGCCGGGCGGCGCAACCAACGGUGACUCGGCCGCGGUGCAGAACAUCAUGGCCCAGCUCUCUCGAUACCGACGGUAA